CUCCCUCCGUGUAGCUUCCCCAAGGCUCCCUAUAGAAGAAGGCUUUCUUAGGAGGCAAGAAUGUGUGAGGAGGACAUGGAGCUACGGAGAGGGCCUUGGACUCUAGAGGAGGACAAGCUCCUCAUCCACUACAUUGCUUGCCACGGCGAAGGUCGUUGGAAUCUCCUUGCUAGGUGCUCAGGCUUGAAGAGAACCGGCAAGAGUUGUCGGCUUAGGUGGUUGAAUUACUUGAAGCCUGAUGUAAAGCGAGGCAAUCUCUCCCCUGAAGAACAGCUGCUGAUCCUUGAACUCCAUGCCAAGUGGGGAAACAGGUGGUCUAGAAUUGCGCAACAUCUACCGGGGAGAACAGACAACGAGAUAAAGAACUACUGGAGGACUCGAGUGCAGAAGCAGGCGAGGCAGCUGAAGGUGGACGCCAACAGCGCCACGUUCCGAGAUGCCGUGCGCUGCUACUGGAUGCCGAGGUUGCUUGCCAACAUGGACUCUUCUCACACCACGCAAUCUCAAGAUGCCAGCACCAACACCGGAACCCAGCAAGCUCAUUACCGGGACUCACUCGCCUCAUCGUCCUGCUCCACCGCGCUGCCUCAGCUCACAGAUCACAUGUCCGAGCUCCCAUCGAGGCCACCCGACGAGCUCGAUGCCGUCACCUUCAACCCUUUCGCCACUGGCUACUCCACGAGCGACGCCUACGACCUAGACACCAGCUGGGACCUAUCGCCGAUGUCGCCGGCAUCGGCGCCUACUUAUCCAGCCGUCGAUUGCACCGUAUCCAACGACGAUUGCAGCAGAAAUGUUGGCGAUGGCUUGUGGAGCAUGGAUGAGUUAUAUGACAUGCUAAAAAGCUACAUGAGUGGAGCAGCACCUGAGGUUCCUCUCGGUGGUCACAACUCUUAGUAAAUAAAGUGUAUCUGCUCGCCAGAUGAAGUCCGCAACAUUGUUUCUCGGACUCCAAGGGGAGCUGUCCGGUCCUUUUAGGAAGCUUAAGAUCAGCUCUUCGGCAACAGAAAGGGAUCAAUGGAUGUGAUUUCUAACUAGGGUUUUGAUGCAUGCAACUCAAUUAUUGUUGGAGGUUAAUGCCCUGUAAAUGUUCAUCCACUUGCAUGUUGCACCCACACAAGUCACCUCGACAUCACCAAGCAUGACACAAGUUGAGACCGAUGAGCAGUGGCGCGAGAGGGAUGAUUCCGGACUUGAUGAUGGCAAACAUUACAUCAAAGUGAUGGAUCACAUCUCUUCUUCGCUUCGGAGCAUAUGCUGCACACAUCACGCCCAUUAUCUCUGUGCUGAUUCCACAUGUUCUCCGAGAAAGAAAGCUUUGUUUGUUUGCUU